AUGUGCACUGAAGACUAUCGAUUGUGGGAACAACUGAAGAACACUAUCAACUGCGGAGCAUCAAGGAGUAGAGUUCUGGCGACCACACGGAAUGAGAGUGUUGUUAAGAUGAUGAGGACUGCGUACAAGCAUCCAUUGGGGGAACUAUCUCCGGAGCAAUCUUGGGCAUUAUUCCAUCAAAUAGCUUUCUUUGAAAAGAGCAGGGAGAAAGUGGAAGAAUUGAAAGCAAUUGGCGAGAAAAUAGCAGACAAAUGCAAGGGCUUGCCACUCGUUAUAAAAACUUUAGGGAAUCUCAUGCGCUUAAAAAAUAACAAGGAAGACUGGGAGAAUAUAUUGAAGAGUGAAGUAUGGCAGCUAGAUGAGUUUGAGAGAGAUAUUUCCCCUGCUUUGUUGUUGAGUUAUUAUGAUCUACCCCCUGCAAUUAAACGCUGCUUCUCAUUUUGUGCUGUUUUUCCAAAAGACUCGGUUAUUGAAAUAGAUAAGUUGAUCAAGUUGUGGAUGGCACAGGACUAUCUCAACUCUAAUGCGAGUAAAGAGAUGGAGAUGGUUGGCAGAGAGUACUUUGAAUAUUUAGCUGCUCGGUCUUUCUUUCAAGAUUUUGAAAAAGAUGGUGAUGAUAAUAUAAUAAGAUGUAAGAUGCAUGACAUAGUGCACAGUUUUGCUCAAUUUUUGACUAAGAAUGAAUGUUGUAUUAUGAACGAAGAAGGGAGAACAAAUGUAUCCUUCCAAAAAAUUCGCCAUGCCACCUUAAUUGGCCAACAAAGGCACCCGAAUUUUGUCUCCACAUAUGAAAUGAAGAAUCUACGCACCCUCUUGCUUGAGUUUGCAGUCGUUUCAAGCAUUGAUGAAGCCCUACCUAAUUUAUUCCAGCAUUUGACAUGCCUCAGGGUAUUGGAUUUGGCGCGGAAUCUUUUGAGAAAGGAAAUUCCAAAGGCACUUGAGAAAUUGAUACAUUUAAAAUACCUUAAUCUAUCACAUUGUCAUGGAUUGAGGGAAUUGCCGGAAGCAAUUUGUGAUUUGUAUAAUUUACAAACCUUAAAUAUUCGUGGAUGUGAUUCACUUGUGCAACUACCACAAGCAAUGGGUAAACUUAUUAAUCUGAGGCAUCUGCAAAAUUUUCUAACUAUUCUUCUAAAGGGCUUGCCAAAAGGAAUUUCAAGAUUAAACUCUCUUCAAACAUUGGAGAAAUUCACUGUAAGCAGUGAUGGUCACAAUGAAUGCAAUAUAGGAGAUUUGGGAAACUUGAGCAACCUUAGAGGGGAGCUUGAAAUAAGAGGGUUGCAGAAUGUGGAAAAUGCAAGGGAGGCACGAGAGGCAAAUUUGAAGAAUAAGAUACACAUUCAUCAUUUGACAAUGGUAUUUGAUCCACAGGAGGGGACGAACUAUUUGGUUGGAGCUCCACGAUCCUAUUCAACAAAUUUAUUACCUGAAGUAAAGGAGGGGCCGAAGAGUGUGGUUGAAGCUCCACGAUCCUAUUCAACAAAUUUAUUACCUGAAGUAAAGGAGAGGCCGAAGAGUGUGGUUGAAGCUCUACAACCCCAUCCAAACUUGAAAUCUCUAUGUAUACGGGGUUAUGGUGAUACAGAAUGGCCUGGUUGGAUGAUGAGGUCAUCAUUAACCCAACUGAAAAAUCUUGAACUCUCAUAUUGCAGUGGCUGUCUGUGUAUGCCUCCCUUAGGGGAACUUCCUGUCCUCGAGACGCUAGAAAUCAAGGGUGUGGAAAGAGUGAAACACAUUGGUGGCGGGUUUUUGGGAUCAUCAUCAACAAUUGCAUUCCCAAAGCUGAAGAAACUGACUUUUCGUAAUAUGAAAGAGUGGGAAAAGUGGGAAGUAAUAGAAGAAGAAAAGAGGUUAAUAAUGUCGUGUCUUAGUUACUUGGGAAUCCACAAAUGCCCAAAACUGGAGGGACUGCCUGACCGUGUCCUCCUAAGGACGCCAUUGCAGGAAUUAAUCAUCACAAAAUCUGGUACUCUCCAACAGCGUACCAACAGGAUAUUGGAGAGAAUGGACAAAAAGUAUCUCAUAUCCCAAUAG